AUGGACCCAGACAUCGAACAAGCGAAGGUUGAAAAGCCGAACCCCGAGCAACCCAAGCCUGGCACCGAGUUCCCAGAUGGAGGGGUGAAAGCCUGGUCCGUCGUCUUGGGAAGCUUUUGCGGCCUCUUUUCAGUUUCGGCUGGACUAAUUGCGCAAGUUGGAGUUUUUCAAGCAUAUUACGAAGCAAAUCAGUUGAAGGACUUGUCACCGAGCACUGUCUCAUGGAUACCGGCCCUGUCGAUGUUUAUGAUGUUCAUUACGGCACCUUUGGUUGGACGAGCCUUUGACAUGUUCGGUCCACGCUACCUUCUUCUCGCGGGAACACUACUGCAUGUCUUUGGACUGAUGAUGGCAUCAAUAUCAUCCCAGUACUACCAUUUCAUCCUCUCCCAAGCGGUUUGCAGUCCUCUUGGCGCAGCUAUGGUUCUGUAUCCGUCAUUCAGCUGUGUCACAACCUGGUUUCGACAAAAGCGUGCUCUGGCCCUUGGAAUCACCGCCAGCGGCUCUAGUCUCGGCGGUACUGUCUUACCUAUUGUGGUAAAUCGCUUGAUACCCCGUAUUGGCUUUGGUUGGACGAUGAGAGCUUGCGCUUUCCUGUUGUUAGGUCUGCUCCUCGUGACGAAUUUGACCGUUCGGUCACGGGUUGCGCCUCAGCCAAAGGAAGCGGGCAUCAUGGCUUAUCUCCGGCCAUUUACAUCGCUCUCAUUUGUGCUUACCUCGAUGGCGGGGUUCUUCUACUCCAUGGGCAUGUUUAUACCAAUUACUUUCAUGGUAACCUAUGGUGAAUACGUCGGUCUUUCAAAUAAUAUGGCUGGGUAUCUAGUCUCAAUUUUCAAUGCAUCAAGUGGAAUCGGGCGUAUUCUUCCGGGGUAUAUAGCAGAUAAGGUUGGCAGCUUCAACGUAUCAAUAGCAGCCGCGACACUUUCCACGAUAUUGAUGCUAGCAUUGUGGCUCCCAGGACAUAGCCAUGAGUCGGCGAUAGCCUUUGCUGCCUUAUUCGGAUUCAGUUCAGGCACAUACACGGCCAUCAGCCCUGCCUUGAUAGCCCACAUUUCGGACCUGGAAGAGAUAGGCACCCGUUCUGGGACCAUGUACGCGUUUAUGUCUGUGGCUGCCCUCACUGGCAGCCCAAUCGGUGGGGCUCUGAUCUCGAGCGCAGACGGGAGCUAUUGGAAGCUCCAAGUGUUCGCUGGCUGCAUGAUUGGUGCUGGGACCGCCUGCUAUAUCGCCGCCAGAUUAUACCUCACUAAAGGCAGGCUGUGGGAGAAGAUAUAA